AUGUGUAUUUUGCUUGCUUCCACUUCCCAUCCUAAAUACUCUCUAAUUGUUGUGUCGAAUCGUGAUGAGUGUUAUUCUAGAGAAACUCGACAUACCACUUUAAGUGGGGAUGGAUUCGUCCUGUGCCCGGUAGACAUGGCUCCUGGAAUUGAUGGAAGUCCGAAAGGGGGCACAUGGUUGGGAGUAAACAAAAACGGGAGGAUCUCUUCCGUACUAAAUCUAAGAAAUGACAGACAGUUAUUAGCUAAUCCGCGCAACGGCCCCGAAUUUUCUCGAGGAAGUGUGCCCAUGCGCUUUUUGAACAGCAGAAAUAGCUUCAACGAAUGGGAUAAUUACGACAAAUUCGAGCGGCAGUUCCCGCUGAUUAAAGGUGGAGACCUCAACCUAUUUAUCGGUGAUUGUAUACAACAGCGGUAUGUGGCCAUGGAUUCGUUUGGUCUUAGUGUUCCUGUGUUGACACCAAGCAAUCCAUUCCUGGUGUUAUCUAACGACUUCAUCAAUACCGGCACGAAGUGGCCUAAGGUUGAAAAAGCCGAAAAUAUGCUUCGAAAAAUGAUUAGUGAGUCGGAAGACGCCUCGGAAGAAGAGCUAGUCGCCAAGUGCCUGCAUAUCGCUUCCCUUUGCGAUGAUAUUUCACCUGCAUCCUUGAAUCUCAAAACCGUGGCUCUUACAAAUAACAACAUCUUCAUCAAGCCCGCCAGAAUAGGUUCGAGCUCCAAUUCGGUGAACGUUAAAGAUGCGCUUCCCAAAGGCAGAUUUUACGGAACUCGUUCACAGAUCGUGGUCUUGGUCACUCGAGACACUCGGCGAUUAACCUUCGUCGAGCAAAUACUUCACGAUUCCGAUGAUGACGCAGCGAUUUUCUCUCCUACUAAACCAAAAAACAAGUUAAGAUUUUCAAUGGACCUUACUGAGUCCCUCUAA